AUUAGGGCGCCAGAAAAGUGAUUUGAAGUCCGGUUUCCUUCUCGACUCGAGCUUCGAACUCGCUGCAACACGAACACACACACGCCCUCUCUCUCUCUCUCUCUCUCCUCCUUCGCUCGAUCGGCUCUCGUCUCGCGCGAAAUCCUCCACCUCCAAUCGCCGGCGUCUUCCCCGUCGCUUCGCUCGCCGUCCGUUCCCUCGGAGUCGCGCAAUUCCUUCGGUAGAUUCCCGCGACGGUCCCGCAGGGCGCCGGAUCGCUCCUCUUUCCCCCUCCCGUCGCCCCCGCCCCCGCCCCCUCCGGUUCCCGCCGUUUUCGCCGGCCGCGCGCCGUCGCCGUGGAGCUCGACGGAGCGAUUGAGCGAUUCGCCUCCGUGAAAUCUCCCUAUUCGCCUCCUUUCCUCGCGCGUCGUCGCGAAAGCCCGGCGGCUCGGGGUCGGUGUGGUUUUUUGGCCUUUCGAUUGGGUAGGAGAGGCGAAUUCGGCGGCCCUUUCGUGUUUGGAGCGAGCGCUUGAUUCGAAGAGACGGCGAUGGAUUAUGAAUUGUCCGAUAGCAGCGGGACGGAUGAUGAUCUCCCUCCUACUCAUAAUAGGUUUCAGAGGGGGGCUAGAGCUGCAGGCAACCCUCGGUCUAGUUUUGUUGGUCCUCCUAUGUUGCCUAGCGUUCAUGGCGACAUGGAAACCCAGAUCCAUGAAAUUGAGCAAGAAGCCUACUGUUCUGUCCUUCGGGCAUUCAAAGCUCAGUCUGAUGCCAUUACCUGGGAAAAGGAAAGUUUAAUUACUGAACUGAGGAAAGAGCUGAGGGUAUCAGAUGAGGAACAUAGGGAACUUCUGUCAAGGGUCAAUGCCGACGACAUGAUUCGUAGGAUAAGGGAGUGGAGAAAAGCAAGAGGGCUUCAACCUGGCAUGCUCAGUACAUCUCAGCCUGUUCAUGAUCUCUUACCUAGUCCCACUGUCUCAGCAUCUCGCAAGAAACAGAAAACAUCACAAUCUGUAGCUUCUUUAUCUAUGGGGGCACCAUCUCCUGCACUGCAUCCAUCAAUGCAACAACCUUCUGGAUCGAUAAAACGAGGACCUCCCCCUGGAGCCAGGAGUAAGAAGCAGAAAUCAUCCAUGCAGUACCCUUCUGCAGGUGUUAGCGCAAGGCCCGGUGCAAACCGGGGCUCUGGGGCCUUUCCAGCGAAUGAACAUCCUGAGGCGACAUCUUAUGAUACACUCAUAGGAAAGAGAGUCUGGACUAGGUGGCCCGAUGACAACAAUUUCUACGAGGCUGUUAUAACUGACUUCAAUGCAGCUGAGGGCCGCCAUGCUCUCGUUUACGAUAUAAAUACAGCAGAUGAAACAUGGGAGUGGGUCAAUCUCAAAGAGAUAUCUCCUGAAGAUAUCCGAUGGGAAGGAGAGGAUCCUGGUGUAUCUCGUAGAGGAGGCCGUCCUGGUCCAGGGCGUGGAACCAAAAAGCCCAUGACCCGAGGUGGUGGUGUUGCGGGAGCUGGAAGAGGUAGAGGAAACACAAAGGGUCAAAACAAGAAAGAUGUUCCUUUAUCGCAAAAUGGUGUCGGAAAAAAGGCAUUGGGGGAUAUUGAAUUACUUCAUACAGAUACACUAAUUAAGGAGGUUGAGAAAGUUUUUGGCGCAAGCCAUCCUGAUCCCACGGAGAUUGAGAAAGCGAAGAAAGUGUUGAAGGAGCAUGAGCAAGCCUUAGUUGAUGCAAUCUCAAGGCUUGAAGAUGCCUCUGAUGGUGAAAGUGCAGAUGGUGGAGAACACCAUAACCAGGGGAAAACAGGAACAAGGGUGGGGGAUGAGCCAGAAUAAUGGGGAUUUGUGUUGAAGGCUUGGGCGGUGAUGAGAUAGCCAGAGAUGGUAGGAUUUCGACUGAUCCCCAGGACGAGACAUGACAUUUGAUUGCCGUAGGCGCUUGCUGUAUAAUGUCCUCUUAAUUCAUUUAACCAGUAUGUAUAUUAUCAUUAGCCAGAUAUUCGAUUAUUUCCCUAGCUUUUAACUUGUGAGUCUUGCAGAUCGUAGUCUAUUUUGCUGACCUAUUCAGUGUACUCCGAAUUUAACUGAUAUCUAGACUAGUUUGUAUUUUGUAUGAA